AUGGUUGAGGAGCCAAGCGGUAUCGUCCUAUACGGAGAUGUAGUUGAGCGGACGGGUAUUGUUGAAGGGGGAACUUCUAAAAACUCCUCAUCAGGCAACGGGAAUAUUGAAAAGGGGCGUUCGAUUCUGCGUCCCAUUCAAGCUGUUGUUGGGAGGGCAUUCCCGCACAUUGACCCCAAUCGAUUUUAUGGAAAUAACGCCACGGAAAUGCAGUGUGAGGGUGAUCCCAACGACGGCCGGAUGCCUAUGAAAACUACCAAAUCGGCAACGUUUUCCUCUAUUACUACUAGUGGGUUUACCGCCCACGUGCAACCCGGGUUAAGCGGUAACAUCGAAGCGGCUUCCAUUUCCGCAGAUAGAGGUUUUGGUGCCAUUGAUUGCAUGUCACGUCAACGCCAAUGGGAUCCAAAGGAUUUUGAGAAUCUUGAAUGCGGGUAUUAUACCGUGCCACUUAAUACGUGCAAUGCGGCCCCUGCUGGGACGUGUGUGAGCCAUCCCGAAGUGCCAAGUGGGGAGCUAUACGUGGAAUUGCUUCUGCAGUUCCUUCGCAGUACAGUUCGGAAGCACCGUGAGUGCGCAAUGGAGGCUCUUCGUGCCCGCCUUUUAGUGGACAGGCCACUUCGAGAACUUUUUACCACAGGCACAGAAUGUGCACAAUUACUCCACCUGAUAAUCAAUGAGCUUGCUUCUGCUGGCCACGCUUUGCCCUGCCGGGUCGCUGCCGAGUGCCUUGUGCUGCUUCUUUUCGAUCCAACGAUGGAGGUGGAGGAGGCCAUAGGAGAAAUCGGCUGCCCACCGACAGACUUAGCAGAAAUCUCAACAAACGAGUGUAAUGACAUGACUUUUGCAGAGCUUUCGGAAUGUAUGCGAAGCGGGGAAGACAAGGGUAACGCCCUGGAAAGAUUAGGAAUGACGAAGGCGGUGCUAGACUCACUAAAUUUGAUACCUUGUACACUGGCUUCUCGUCUGCUCUUAGGCAGUGGGGUGCUGCUUCUUCCCAAUGUGGCUAUUCGUGUGGCGAGUGAUCCACGUUUUGUUCGUUUUGUGAGGGAGCGACUAAGGUCUGUGCUCUUGGGAAGCGAAACGGUUUCAGGCGUGGUGGAGGAGUUGCUUGUUCUUCGGCAUGUUUUGCGGUUACAACAGACCUGCGCUACACUGCUGCCGGCACUGCACGAGACGCUGAUGCUCUUCAUCAGGUUUGUUUGCAGUAUACCUGUGGAGCAGGCCCGAUCGCCGCACGAUGUUGUGGGAUGCCUUGCUGCGUUUCUCGUGGUUAGGGCCGCUGUGCGGCAGGGAUUUGUGGGACUGUUCAACGACACGGCUGAGGGUCUGCUUUCUGCCACGGUUCUGGGCUCAGGAAUACCGGCAGAAAUGUGGCUGCUUCUCGCGUCGAGCUCCGAAGGGGAUGGGGUGGGGCGUGUCUUCCCCACGAUGGAGGUUUUUGCGGCCGAAUUGGCGCGUGCCGCAGUGCGCACCAUUCAAGCGCACAUCACAGUAGCCGAGACUGGUGCUGCAAAUGGUGAGGAAACGGGCCAUCUUGUGUCCCUACUGGCCGCGCUGUCGUCCAUGCACUACCUCGCAACGUAUUUUACGUUGUAUGCGGGGUCGGAUGACCUGCUUUUCCUUCUUGGAACGGAACAUGAGACGCAAUCUCGUCUCAAAGAGUUCAUGGCGGCAAACGUCCUGACGUCGAAGGGUCUUCAACAUGCCUUUCUCCGUUUAAGCAGCAAGAGGCACACACCGCUUCCGUUAGACUUGCUGAACACCAGAAACGUGAAGACCACCGUCGGUGGUGGCGAGGAUGGUAAGAUAUGCCUUAACAAAAUUGAGCUUGUUGGGGCAUGUUGGGCAUCACUAACGCACGCUCGCGUCCGACUUGCCGCCGCCUUUACUGGUCUCGUGCACAUGACCGAGUGGGAGGUGCCCGUGGGUUACGCAACAGCUCUAGCUACUAGUUUCGAGGAGAAGUGCCUGGGCCUGAAGGACGUGAUGGGGCGCUUGCUCCCAGACGAGUUGUGUACAAUGGUUGAAGUUGUCCAACUUAUGCGACGAGGCGUGCACGGCACCUCUGCUGUUGGUGGCGGCUCCACGGUAAGUCAACAACAGCAACGUGACAGUUGCGCCCAGAACAGUAGUAGCCGAGCCUGUACACAGAAACUGCACAUUGCUGAGACCUUCCUCCUGCAUAGUAUUUUCCUCACCAAGCACGGUCAGGAUGUUGCCCCAGGAUUAAUAGAUGCAAUUCUUGGACUCCAAGAUGUCACCAUCGCUGACGAGGCUGCUGUUAUUGAUCCAUUUGUCGAGCCAACUGUGACCUUAGCGGAGAGUCUGCGCAGAGCAGUCGCACAGACCAGAUGGCCCUGGUUCCUCUUUCCCCUCUACGAUGAGGAUCUGAGAGAAAAAGGCGUAUGGUGUGGGUGGGUACACCGAACGCUCGGUAUGCACCAGCGCAUGAAGGAUGUUUUGCAGUGGGACCUCAUUCUGUGCCACACACUAAGGUGGGCGAUUUCAUCAUGUCACUCAUUUGAUAAGUGGGAGGAAGCCGACGUACGCACCGAUGAAGAAGUUAAACGGUUGCUGCAUGAACUCUGUACAGGUGUGCUACCGCGGGCGGGCCGACUCAUUGCGACCUCGGCGUCAGACGUACUCAAAGCGCUCGCCUCGACCAUUCCACUGCAUGAGGAGGUCUCGAUGGAAUACUGCCUGUUUGUAGCACUUGCAAUAACGUGCACAGCCUGUGAGCCGACCGCUGCUGUCUCCAUUGCUCGACUCCUUUCAAAUACUCUACUCGAGGGGAGCACUUACUGCCUCACAUCAUCGAGUGAUUUUGAAGUAACCGAAGCUCCUAUUCCUCACCAUUCGGGUAGUAACUCCACUGCGGCUCGUAGCAACCCCGCUGUUUCCAGUGCCCAUGGCUACGAUAACAAAUUAUUAAACCAGUGGGCGGCGUCGGGGAGCCUUCUUUGUGACAAUACACAGGUAUCAGCUACGGCGCAGUGGGACCUGGGAAACUUUACAGAGGUACUUCAUUCGGUAGAGUUUUACGGCCCAGGUGGGCCUGCGCACGGUAGCAAUGCAAUUAAAAAAGGAAUUUUGCAGAACCUGGUCGAGGGGAUUGCCAGGCUAUAUUUGCGCCAACGACCGCUAACUGCCUUCGAGUGUCAAGCUUUGCGUCAGGACCUGCAGCAAUUGCAGUGGUGCCCACCAUGUCUGCGGGAGGAGCUGGAUAAGUGCAAUAACUGA